GAUAAUCAUCAUGGCAGACUCCUGGAAGCGACUCCUUUUUCAGAUCCUCCUGCUUCUCGUCUGCUGCAGGCACAUCGAUACAAAAACACCUGGUGCCACGCCCCCACCGCUGGUCCCCAUCACUUCCCUGGCAACAGAUGAACGGAGCGUUUCUCUUAAAGGUGAAAGUCACACAGAGAAAGUUGAACUGUUGAAUCCGGUCAAUCUGGCACUGCAGUGCACCUGGACAGGUAAUCAGAACAAAGCACCAAACAUAACUGGGUUCUGGAGGAAGGACGGGGAUGAGGUGGAGAACAGUCGCGUCACAGUGCAACUGGAGGGCGAUCAGUAUGAACUCAAACGAGUGUUCAGCAUCGUCAACGAAGAAAGCCUCGGAAGUUACUCAUGCGUGUUCGGAAGUGAAGCAAAAAUAGAGUUUGUUUUGGCUGCUCCACAGGUCGGUGAGGUGCGGGAUAAACCAAUAGUCAGCUACGUGGGGGACUCUGUGGUGAUUACAUGUAAAAUGGAGGAACCCAAACCAAAACCCAGCACCUGGAACUGGUACAAAGCAAAUGGUACUGACAAGGAGCAGAUCUCCGCGGUUGCAGAGCCUCUUCGCUAUGAGAUCGAAAACGAAGAGAGCAAGACCAAACUUGUGGUGCACAACCUGACGGAGGCUGACGGAGGCCUCUAUUACUGCGGUGCGGUGUACGCCAUCAGCACCACGAUGGGCCGCGUGGAGCUGAAGGUCAUCAGCUUCCAGGAGCCUCUGAAGCCCUUCAUCGCCAUCGUGAUCGAAGUGGUCGUCCUGGUCGCCGCCAUCCUGCUCUACGAGAGAAGUCAGUCCAAGAAGGACUACACGCCAGAAAAUGGAACCACUGACCAAAUGAAUACAAUGGCUCACAGGGAUAAUACUGGACCGGAGGAAACUUCAACGAGACAGCGGAAAAUUUAAAAGAUUGCGAAGCUUCUUCAAAGCUGUUGAUAUAUCUCGAUUGAUGUGGAGCUUCAAAUCAACAUCUCAGCAGCUUCUCCACACGUGUGUUCACGAAAACAAAAUGCAAUAACCGCCACUCGCGUUCAUCUUUCAGUCUUUUAGCCUUGAACCCCACAUGCACCCACACCUCGCUCUCAAAAAGGAAGUGCAUUUCUAGCUUUAUGGUAACCUCAACUUCUCUUUACUUCUGUUAUUAAUGUGUUGUGGUUUGUGAGCAGUGCCUUACACCAUGUAAACAAAUAAAAAUAAAGCACUUAAUUAACUAUAAAGCACUGAAGUUAAAAUAAAGCACUCAAGUAACUGUCAGUUUGUGAGUUUACCUUUGUAACGUUGAGCCUCACACGCUGUAUAAUAACUUGUAUAUCAAGUUAUUUCAUCAUAUAUGCAAAUGCUUGUGUGUGUAUUUAAUGUUUAUAAAUCAGAAGACGGUCAGAAAGGUCGUUUUCCAGCCUAAUCAUGACUUCAACUGUCUGUAGUUGUCAUCCUGCACCUGCUGUCACUGUGUAAACAUGCUAAUUAAAAAUACACAAGUCCCUGCCUCAAAUAACUAUCAAAGUCUUUGUGAUCGCAGAUAUGGAGACAGAGCUCACUAAGAAGGGGGCCGCCACCCAAUUUACACAUGGAAGUCUAAUGACCUUAUUGAAACACAUGAGAGAAAUUAAGUCUGCCUCGACUUGGAACCUUUUUUCUCAACUCCAAUAUUA